AAUUUUGAGAAUUUUGAGAAUUAUGAAAAUAAUUCGUUCACCCUCACCUGAAUAUGGUCUAAUUUUGCGUUGGUUGUCUGCGAGCCAAUAACACGUGAUCAAUCAUCUAUGAAGGUAUAAUCAAUAAUAUGAACAAUCUUCAUGCUCAAUAUGACCAUCAUAUAACCCAGAACUGUUUAAAUUAAACAUAGAUUGGCCAUUACUGCUAGAUCCACCAGCAACUAACACUUGUCCAUUUAAUAAUACAGAUGCACUAUGAGCUGUUCGUGAGGGUGGUUAUAACACACCGUGUUAUAACACUUUAUUUUUAGACGAACAACAUAUUAAUUCAACAACAACAAUCCAAGCUUGUCCAGAGAAUGAAGUCGCGUAUGACGAUCAGUGUUAUUAUUUACAUGGUUCAGAUGCUCAUUGUAAUAAACAUGGACCGUUCACAGAAGGACCAGAAAAUCGUAAUGGUUGUAUUAAUCAAACAAAUCAACAUCCAAGACAAACGACAUUUUGCGGUAGUCACUAG